GAGUGUUACUCCCGGUCAUCCUCGCUCGGGACUUUUAUCUCGGCGCUGCCGGGAGGCGGGAGGAGGAGACACCGGGGGUGGCCCUGAUCGCUGGCGACACCUUUCUGGGGCUCUAUAAAUUGAGCACCUGGGAUGGGUAGGGGGCUGACGCCACCACCACCAACCCAUUCACAGUCCAGUCACUGACCGCAGCAGCGGCCACCAGCUGUGAGAAGGCUGAUCUACUUAGCGACUCGGACUCUCCAGGCCAGGACGAGGUGGGUGCCGCCGCCCCAUCUCUGCUCCAGUCAACCCAGGUCAGGGCUCGCCCCACGGACCACGCACCGCCAUCGCGAGCUACUGGACGCCAAAGCCAGGAGAAGCCGCGCGUCCCGCAGGGCCGGGCUGUGAGAGGGCGGAGGAGCCGGGAACCCCGCCGCUCCGCGCUCUGGCUGCAGCCAGGACCCGGGCGCGGGUUUCCGAGAGCCCCGGAAGGCGGGCACCCCCUCGCCUCAGCCGGCCAUCCCGUGCUCCUGCCCUUCAGCGUCCGCGCAGUCACCAUGAUGCAAAUCUGCGACACCUACAACCAGAAGCACUCGCUCUUCAACGCCAUGAACCGCUUCAUCGGCGCCGUGAACAACAUGGACCAGACGGUGAUGGUGCCGAGCCUGCUGCGCGACGUGCCCCUGGCCGAGCCCGGGCUGGAUAACGAUGUCGGCGUGGAGGUAGGCGGCGGCGGCGGCUGUCUGGAGGAGCGCACGGCUCCGGCCGCUGGCGCGGGCAGCGCCAACGGCGGCUUUUUCGCGCCCUCCCGGGACAUGUACAGCCACUACAUGCUGCUCAAGUCCAUCCGCAAUGAUAUCGAGUGGGGGGUCCUGCACCAGCCGCCACAGCCGGCGGGGAGCGAGGAGGGCGGCACCUGGAAGUCCAAGGACAUCCUGGUGGAUCUGAGCCACUUGGAGGGCGCGGACACCGCCGAGGAGGACCUGGAACAGCAGUUUCACUACCACCUGCGAGGGCUGCACACUGUGCUCUCCAAACUCACGCGCAAAGCCAACAUCCUCACCAACAGAUACAAGCAGGAGAUUGGCUUCAGCAAUUGGGGCCACUGAGGAGGGUCGCCCACCGCUGACCAGCACCCUUCCCGGCCCCAUCUCUUACCCUCUCUUUUCUCAAAGCUGUUUUCUUUUUGGCUCUAGGGCGUGAUGGGCCAACGGCAAAUUUGGGGGUCUGAGUACGUGAAAGGUGUGCAGCAGGGUUGCAAGGAGGAGGGGGCCUCUUUUGGGAGAAGGGAAAA